CCCCAAAGGAGAGCUGCUCCCAGACCCAGUAGGGCCAGAACCCAGGACGGCAGGUGUGGACAGCCAGCUCAGCCCCAGGAUGUCCACGGAAGAACAGAACAAAGGGGAACUGCUUAUCUAUAACACUGUACUCAAUCACUACAGGAAACUCAAAGUGGAAAUUUCAAAUGCCAUAAAUGAGACAUUUCCUUUCCUGGAGGGCCUCCGAGACCGUGGAUUUAUCACCGCAAAAUUGUUUUCAGAUGCUGAAGAGUCUUGUAGAAACCUGGUUCCUGUACAAAGAGUGGUGUACAAUGUUCUCAAUGAACUGGAGAACUCAUUUAGCCGGUCAUUUCUGGAAGCAUUGUUCAGCGCUGUCAACAUGAAGGUGUACCCUGACUUAAUCCAGAUUUGUAGAAGCUUCGAAGAAGUGAUUUGUAACAUUCAAAUAGGUGAUGAAGAAGAAACCCAGUUCAUCCACGAACAAGGGAAAACCUUACUGGAAACUAGAACCCCAGAGCCUCUCAGCGAGGACAAGAAGAUGAGUACAAGAGCAAGCACGUCACUGAGCAACCAAAUCGAUGCAUUAAAAGCAGAGGAAAGAGCAGAGGGAUGUGCUGUAGAGCCGGAGCAAGCAGGGAUAAAGAGAGGCCAACCUAGGAUCCAUUUAUUAACUCAAGGAACCAAAGUCCCAAGGAAAAGAGGCCGUCCGAAAGUGAGCUGUGGUGAGGUGACGGGGACGCUACAUAAGGAGAAACUGGGACAAGCAGUCUCAGACAAGUGUGUACUGCUCAAGGACGGAAGCUGGCUCACCCCAAGAGAAUUUGAAGUCAGAGGAGGUUACGCAAACUCAAGAAAUUGGAAGAUGAGUAUACGCUGUGGCGGACGUCCUCUACAAUGGCUGAUUAAGGAAGGAUUUCUAACUCAUCCUCCAAGAACAUAUCACUGGAGACGAAAGAGAGAACGGGAGCCUCCCACGAAUGACAUGGUCGGCCUUGCUCUUCAAAACUCAGAUGACUGUGAGGUGUGUCGGCAAAGGGGAACGCUGUUCUGCUGUGACACUUGUUCCAGAUCCUUUCAUGAGGAAUGUCACAUCCCACCUGUGGAAGUCCAGAGGGACCCCUGGAGCUGCAUCUUCUGCAGGAUGAAGGAUGCCCCAGGCAGCCCGCCGUGUCAGCACGAGUCUGAGGCCCUGGAGAGGCAGAUGCUGCCUGAGGAACAGUUGAAAUGUGAAUUCCUCCUCUUGAAAGUCUAUUGCUGUUCAGAGAGCUCCUUUUUUGCCAAAAUUCCAUAUUACUAUUACAAUAGAGAGAAUUCUCAGCUCCUAAAUGAACCCAUGUGGCUGAACAGAAUCAAGAAGAGGCUGAAUCAGAAGGAUUACCACCAAGUGGAGGAGUUUGUGAGGGACAUGCGCCUCAUCUUUCAGAACCACAGAGCAUCCUUCAAGUACAAGAACUUUGGACAAAUGGGACUGAGGCUGGAGGCUGCGUUUGAGAAGAAUUUCAAAGAAGUGUUCCCUUUUCAGAAUAUGACUGAGACGAGGUCAUUGGUCUAGGUGCCCUGCCAAGCACCCUUUUCUGGGAAGGCCUACGCAUCCACUCUUUUCUCUCCGCAUGUGGACUGCUAAGGCUGCCCCUCACCAGAAUCACCCUGGGCCAAAUGGAACCAGCUUCACUCGGAGGUCACAGCACGGUCCUUCCUGGUGGAGCUCAGGCAGUGAGAGUCCUGCCGCUGUGGACCCCGUGGGUCAGACUGGCCCUGUUCCCCGAUGUGGCAGCCUUCUCGAGCUUCCUCCUCCCCUCCCCCAAUCAUAUUUCCCCCACUCCUUUGCUGAGAGAACCCUCAUAAUAAAGUACUCGCUUGUGGCAUUUCA